GAUUCUGUUUUUCUGCAUAUAUUUGAUGUAUUUGGAAUUGCAUUUAAGACUUAAUAUAGUCAUUUAAUGUGGUGGAUUUAGAUGUGUUUUCCCUGUACAAAACUACGUUUUUCAUUAAGAAAAAAAUUCCCCUGACAAUAUUAAUUUCUCUUUAACGACUGCAUUAAGUUAAAUGAAAUAAAAUAAUGAAAAUUCCUUUUUCCUUUUCAUAGUGGCCAAAUGGCACGAUAAAGAGGCAUGACUAAUCCCCUACCCUAAGGGCUUCAAAAGGAAAGAAUAGGGUGGGGUGGUGUUCCUCAGCCACACAGCCAGCUUACUGCCUGAAAAAGGGUUGGAUAAGGGCAGGAUUUAAUACAAAAGGUCAGGCUAACAGAAUACAUUUCCACUGAAAGGAAACAGAACUCAGUAAAAAUUCUUGGUGAUGAAAGAAAGGGAGUUGCUGGUAUUACUGAAGGAUGGCAGAGAAGCGAGAGAUAUUUCAGGUUCGAAAAAAGAGCAUCACCACAGUGGUGGGACAUUUGCUGACCAUCAGCCAGCGGUGAGGUUUGGUAUUUUUUUUGCACUCAGCUGCUUGUUAGGAAGGAUGCAACAAGGUUCAGGAGUCCCAGGUGGGCACUUAGGGCUGAAUAGCCACUCAGUCAUCUUGAAGACGCCUGGGACAUAGUAAAUGACUGUCAGCAGUAUAUAUUUAACCUCCUAGUCAGUGAUGGAGAGAGAGUGGGAUGUUUGUCUAGCAGGUGAAAUAUUAUUUCAGUAGCAAAAGUUGUGCUUGUCUGGUAAAAGUACGCAGCAGUCAGCUUGGCAAAGCACUAAAACAAAGUGCUGCAAUUUUCCAGCUCCUUGCUUAUUGUCAUUUAUACGGAGAGAAGGUCCAGGAACGUGAUCCUGCCCCAGCUGAGACCAGUCUGUCAGAGCCAAUAUCGUUUGCAUCUUCCCUAAUCCAUUAUUGCACUCAGCAUUUUCCUUCUGGAUUCCCCUUGCCUGUGUGAGGGCCCUGUACAGCCCCGGGCUGUGCUUGCUUUCGCCAGCCUGGGGGAGGAAGGCAGCUCCAUGUCCUUAAUCCUGACAUUUCCUUGUCUCGGCCUGCAGUCCCUUGUGCUUGCAGAAGCAUCUUGAUAUAAAGAGAGGCUAACAGGAGGUGGGAUGCCUCCUAUCCUCUUAUCUGUGUGUUUCUGAAAGACAGCAAAAAAGCAUCCUCCUCCUUGCCUCCUAAGCUGGUGUUGCUAUUUCUGUGCCCAUGGUGGCAGUCUUGCUCAAAGUGCCUUCACUUGGGAGGUCUGUUUGCAAAGCUUUUAGAAAACAGUGAAGAUUUCAUUAUGGGAAAACAGGGAAAUCACCAGGGUUUGAUGACAUCAGGAAGGAAUAUUCCACUUACAUGUUGUUUGGCUUCCCCCAGUCAUCUCUUCUUGCAUUCAUCUGAUAAAAUUCAGUUUUCCUGAAGUUCUGUCACAUAAUUGAAAGUCAUUCCCUCAAGAUUCUAUAUUGCAUAGGGAUUGUUGUUUACUGAGACAAGAUCUAUCUGUAUUUUCAUAAAUUUAAAUGGACAGAAACAUAUGCUGAGAAAGAAAGAAUAACACAAACUCAAGAUUUUCCAUAUCUACGUGGUUCAAAUUUUCACCAAAAUGCCCCUGGUUUUGUAUUUUAAAUCCCACAUUUUAUGUGAGAAGCUGCUUCCCUCCCUGCUGCAGGUAGAUUGGGAUUUUUCCCUUGAGCAGAGCAGGAGAUGGAAAACGAUUUGCUUUGUGGUGGGAUUUAUGGAGUGCCUCUAGUAAAUGAACCUGAGAGGCUUAGAAGAGAGUGCCCAAGGGAAAAAAACAAGACAGCCUUGCUAGCUACUAACAAAUGUUACUGGGUUUUAACAGAGAAGUAAUUAUUUUACUAAUGUUCAGAAUAACAUAAAACAAUUAUAUUGUUUGCAUUUGACAGCCGAGGGAGACAGAGGAGAUUUUGGCUUAAGCUUGUAAUGUGAAGCUGGUGGAAUUACUGAUAUAACAGGCAGGGGGUUUGCCUCCUGCUGCUGUGAUGUUUUACUGGAAGACUCCGAUUCAGUAUUGUCUGUGUGCAAAGUCCACAAUUUUGGGACUUCCUCUUCUAAUCGUUGUGGAACUUGGGAUGAACACCAGCCUGCUGGGUCUGUGUCCACCAUGGGCUUGUAACUGGUCUGGAAUUCCAAGCAAACACCUCCAGGGAUGUGGAUUUGCCAGCAUACAGGUUCCAGUGAAUGGCCAUCUUAUCACAUCAGUCAACAUCAGAGAGAAAAAACUCCUCAAGCCUAAGAAGAAGAAGAAAACCCAGUGCUCAGACAAGGAAGUGCCAAAAGAUCUGCUUUCUGUGGAAAAAGACAAACUGCAAGAGGAAGAAGGAGUUUGGCAGACCAAGAUCAGCAGCCGUGAAAAGAGACACUUAAGGAAGGAAAGGCUGAAACAAAAAGACCCCAGCCGAGCAUCUCUGGGUAGCUCAGCGGUUGAGCCAGCCUUUGACUGGGAUGAGAAGAGAGCAGUGUGGCCACUCACAGAGGACACUAGUGGUGGUGGAAAAGGUGCUUUCUUUGCCAAGGCAGACUGUGGGACGGUGCUGAGGGCCUCAGGAGCCCUACGGGAAGAAUUGGCAACCUCCCGGGCAGAAGACGAUGUUUUCUCCAAUGUAGGGACAUGGGAUAUUGCAGAUGUAAAAUCCUGCCCUGUGACCUUUGGGACACUGUCAGAUCUCUCCAGGGAUUUAGAUAACGUGAAGAGUAAAUCAUCUGAGGACAGUCCUUCCAGAUGCUGUUGGCAUAGCAGCUCGACUUUCCUCCCAGCAGAUGAUGCGUGGCAGGGGCAGGGUGACCCUUCCGUGAUUGACCUGGACUCUGACUGGAAGGCUCCCACGGAGGAGUGGGGAAACUGGACUGGAGAUGAGGAACAUCAGACAAGGGAGGAGAAGAAGGAUUUGCCAAAAGGCAAAGGAGGCAUUCGUUUCUGUCUUUCUGGACCUGAAAGCAAAACGCAACGGAAGAAGAAGAAAAUUGAAGUGAAGGAAGCAAAGGGUGGAGCUGGACUGAGGCAUCCCCAGCAAGGUUUGCAAACAAGAAUGGAAGAAGGCCCCAGGGACUUGAUAUCUACAAGAGAUAGCAGUGAUGCAGUCAGUGCUUCCUUCGAAAAAUCCUUGGACAUUGUUAAUAAUUCACCCAAUAACGGUGUACCUGGAAAAAAGGAGAGGAGGAAGAGGAAGAAAAUGAAGAAAGAGACUUGAGGGAGUUGUGUAGCUGCCAGAGUGCCAACCUGAUGGGGCAGACAUGCCAAUGAGCUGCAAGGAUUCUGCUUUCUGCGAUGCCGCUGAGCCCCAGGCAAAGAGAGGCUCCAGGAGACCUCCCAGCGAGAGGAAGAGAAGAGGAGCAGUGAGCCAGAGAGCGUGAGUGUGUGAGAGAGGAGAGAGGGAGCAGGCUGUGCACAGGAGGUGGUUUUGAAACAGAGUGGCUGUUCAUUGCAAGCUGCUGCCCUUGAUCAAAAGCUGUUGAAUGGGGUUUGACUGGUUGCAUUAAGUCCUUUCAGUUUUUUGCUGUCACGUUGUUUGUCAACUUGUAGUGUUCUAUGCCAUUGUAGAAAUAGUCGGGCUGUAUCUGACUGUGAUUGUACUUUGGUCCCAUGGAGGAUCCACCAGCUAGUCUGGUCUCCUCUGGCAUUUUUGCAGAGGUGCUCAUCGACAGGCUAGUAAUGUACAGAAAGAAGCACUGUUCAGAAGCAAAGGGAGAAUAACAUGGAUCAUUCUCCAACCUCCUAACUCUUUUAAAUCCUUGGUGGCUGCUAUUGUCAGACUUUUGCCUCUUACCUUGCCAUGUUUAUACUUUUUACCCCACAUCCGACUAGUUUGCUCCUCAAGAAACAUUUCUAAAGGAGGUUUUUGAGUUGCUUGGAAAGAUGGUCUAAACCCAUUUUUUCCCCUGGAUUUCAUGGUGGGCUAAAGUUUAAAGUCUGUAUGUCCAAAGCAUGUUGCAUUUGUACUUAUAAUAGACUGAGGUAACUUUUAAAAAUCAUUUUUCUUAAUCUGAUGUUUGGAAGUUCUUUAUCAUUUUGUCACUUGAAUAUUCUAAUAUAAACUAAAUUUGUGAACGAAGUUUUUAAGUCAGUUUAGUAUUUAUUGAAGGGUGUAUAUUUCUCCUUGUCAGAGGGCUAUAGUAUAGAGGAGAAUGUGUUACAAUAGAGUACUGUGGUUUAUAAACAAUGCUAAACUGACACCACUAAAAGCAGAAGCCCUUUAUCCCCAGAGGAGCUGCAGCUUUGGUGGUAGCUGGGGGGUCUUCUGUAGCUGGCAGACAGUCCUGAGACUGUGCCUGACCCAUCCCAGAAGUUCUGCCUCGAAGGAUAAGAUGAUUUUUCUCUAAUCUCCAUCUGCAUUUGACUCUGUGCCUUUGGAGAUGGUGGGGGACAGUUACUAAUGCAUGUUAAAUGUGUGCACAUUUGUAGGCUUUGGGCUGAUGCUGUGAAACUCUUCACUAGGACACUGAAUAACCAGGGAUGCCCCUGGCUUUACACUGCCACAGCUGCACUCCUGUUUGCAUCAUGGAGCCAGAGGAGAGCUCUGUGCUUCUGCCAUUGCAUCCCUGAUCCCCAGUCCCAGCUUGUCUAAGCUUUACUUGCAGCUCAACACUUUUCCCUGAUGGCCUUCAUCUGUUGCAUAGCUGUCAGAUUAGCUGUACCCUUCAGAGAAGCAAUUAACUGCAGCUUGUGUUUAGAGUUUAGCUACUAUAUGUUGAAGCUACUGUAUGUUGAAUCACUCUUGUGCUGUGAUUUUUGGUGUAGUUAGCUGUACUGUGUGCCCGGAAAUUUAGCACAGUAGGGUUGUUUCAGAAGGCAGGGGAGGGGUAAUCUUAACUGAUGCCACUAAGCAGCCUACUGUCUAGGAUCUGCACAUCUUGGUGUUUGUGUCUCAGUGUAGGUGAAAUAUUGGCAGUUCAUGAAUGGACCAAACAGACCAAAGAGCUUUUAUUGGGAAAGUAACAGGUUUGGAAUAGAUGCAUAACAAGAAAAUACAUGGCCUCGCUGGAGGAACAGGUACAGCAAGUUCAAGGAUUUAGAAGAUGUGGUAAUGAGUAUGUGGGUAAUGAACAAAGUUCUGCUAUCACUGAAGCCAAUGGAAAACAUUCACUGACCUCACUGGGGCCAGGAUGUAGCCCAUGGCCUUUGCUUAGCAUUGAAGAUACUCUCUGUCAUCCAAAAAACAAAGAAAGAAAAAAAAGAGAUAAAGAGAAGCUCACAAGAUUGGUGGACUACAUAUUUCUUCUGCUUUUUUCUCUAUAUCUGCUUGUAAAUGUUUUGAUGUCUUUGUAAUUAUGCUUUAUUUCAACAUUUUUCAGUAUUUCAAAUGCCACUGUUUUUAUAAUAAAAAAUUAAAACUUUUGUCCAAA